UCCAGGAUGCUUAAAUCCCUGACUCACCUGCAAACUCCCACCCCUGCUGGUUAAGAGCUCAUCAACAAACCCUCAGCUCAGUCCACGCGCGAGAAGAGGCUCAGUGGCGCUCCGCGUUUCAUCACAUUAUCAUACAGAGCAACUGUGCCUUCAACACUGCUGAGCAGCAACGACUCAAACGUUUUAUUUCAGCAUAAGCUGAUCUUAUUUCUCCCUACUCAACUUUUUAUUGGUUUUUAAUUGAUCCUCUUUAAAUUUCUGCUCUCUAAGCCACUUAUGCUACUGUUUGCGCUCUCAUUAGACACUUACUGUUGACGAAUGACUGCGAGGAACCGCUAAUAUAAAACAGUUGUGGUUAGGUCCGAAAUGGAUUUACAAACGCUAAAUGAUACGUUUGGGAUUUGGGCAUGCCUUCAGCUUCAGAACAGCUCGGGUCUGAACGGGACCUUAAACGGGAGUCUGGAGAUUCCCAACGGCACCUGCAGAGACGCGCCUCUUCUGCCCAAGACAGAGCCGGCGCGACCUAAAGAAAUGGAUUCGCUGCGCAUACUGCUAUACUCUCUCAUAUUCCUGCUGAGUGUGUUUGGUAACCUGCUCAUCAUUGUGGUUCUGGUGGUGAACAAGCGAAUGCGGACGGUGACCAACUCAUUCCUGCUCUCCCUGGCUAUUAGUGAUCUCAUGAUGGCUGUUUUCUGCAUGCCCUUCACUCUUAUUCCAAACCUGUUGGAGGAUUUCAUUUUUGGAGCUGCCAUGUGCAAGAUUGUGGCCUAUCUUAUGGGAAUUUCUGUCUGCAUAUCUACCUUCAGUCUGGUGGCUAUAGCCACUGAGAGGUACAGUGCCAUUUGCGACCCAUUAAAGUCCCGGGCAUGGCAGACCCGAUCCCAUGCCUACAAAGUCAUCGCUUCUACCUGGGUCCUAUCCUUCCUUAUUAUGACACCCUAUCCCAUCUUCAGCACGCUGGUGAAGUUCACCAAGCCCAACAAUAUUACUGCUCACAUGUGCCGCCAUGACUGGCCAAAAAGUGAGGUGGAGCAAGCAUGGUGCAUCCUGUUGCUAUUUGUUCUGUUCUUCAUUCCUGGAGUGGUGAUGAUCAUUGCUUAUGGGCUCAUUUCUCGAGAACUCUACCGUGGAAUACAGUUUGAAUUGGAGCAGAAGAUGGGACAGAGUGGAAUGAAAAAUGGUAUCAGCACCACUGUCUUAUAUAGCAGUGAUGAUGGAGACGGCUGCUACAUCCAGGUGUCCAAGAGGCCCAACUCAAUGGAGAUGUCAUCCCUCUCCCCAACGGGCUCCGCAAAAGUGGACCGACCUCGUAGCAACACGUCCGAGGCUACACUAAUGGCCAAGAAGCGAGUGAUCCGUAUGCUCAUUGUCAUUGUGGCUAUGUUCUUUAUCUGCUGGAUGCCCCUGUACUCCGUCAACACCUGGAAAGCGUUCGACCUUGCCUCGGCCCACAGGGCUCUUUCUGGAGCCCCCAUCUCAUUCAUCCACCUGCUGUCCUACACAUCCGCCUGUGUCAACCCAGUUAUCUACUGCUUUAUGAACAAGCGCUUUCGAAAGGCGCUUCUCACCACCUUCUCCUGCUGCUGCUUGCCCUGCCACAGAAAAGGCUUCAGGGAAGGUGACGAUGAGGUUACUGCCACCGGAGCGUCCAUGUCUAAGUUCAGCUACACCACUGUCAGCACAAUGGGACCAUGCUGAUUCUCAGAGGACCCAGGCUGGGCAAGAUGGAGAAGAAUUGGGUUGUUGUUGACACGUGGUGAGGGUUUACUUUGGUAGAAGGCUUAGAUUGUUUAUCACCUACACUCUAAAAAAUGCUUGGUUUUUUCAACCCAACUUUGGGUCAAAUAUGGACUAACCCAACCAUGGGUUAAUUUUUUACAUUAAAUUUUUAACCCCAAAGUUG